AUGCCUUUUGGUUUGACUAACGCGCCGGCAGCCUUCAUGAGAUUGAUGAACGACGUGUUCAGGGAGUAUUUGGACGUCGAGAGAUGGGAUUUCUUGGCCACAUUGUUUCUGCAGAGGGAGUUUCUGUGGAUCCGGCUAAGAUUGAGGCUAUCAGAGAUUGGCCUAGAUGCCACAGAGAUCAGAAGUUUUCUGGGUUUGGCAGGAUACUACAGGAGGUUCGUCAAGGGGUUUGCUACUAUGGCGCAGCCUAUGACAAAGUUGACUGGGAAGGAUGUCCCAUUUGUUUGGUCAGCUGAGUGUGAGGAGAGCUUUGGGAAGCUCAAGGAGAUGUUGACUACUACACCGGUUUUGGCGUUACCCGAGCCAGGGAAGCCUUAUCAGGUGUAUACGGAUGCUUCAGGCAUUGGUCUUGGUUGUGUGCUGAUGCAGGAGGGCAGAGUUAUUGCAUAUGCUUCGAGACAGUGGCAGGGCAGUGAGCGUAACCGUCCUACACAUGAUCUUGAGUUGGGAGCGGUGAUCUUUGCACUGAAGAUUUGGAGGUCUUACUUGCUGGUGAGACAAGUGCAGGAGCCUUUGGGUUUAGAGGCAGUGGAUCAGGCAGAUCUACUUAGCAGGAUCAGAGUUGCUCAGCAGAGUGAUCAGAGUUUGCUGGAUGCGACGAGAGUGACUGGUUCUGAGUAUGAGGUCUCUGCGAAUGGGACUAUUUUGGUUCGUGGGAGAGUUUGUGUGCCUAAGGAUGUGGAGUUAAGGCAGCAGAUUCUGAGAUAG